GGCCGCCAUUUUCUCUCGCGGGGCGCUACAGCCACGUCCGCUCUGGGUCACGUGGCGCGCUGGGGGCGCUGCUGAUUGGCUGGCGGCGGAAGGCGCUUUCCCGACACGCUGCGCGCGGCGGCCCCGGCUCUUCGGCCACAGGCGGCGAUGGCGCUGGCGGGGAUCGCGCUGCUUCUGGCGGCCGCGGCGCUGGGCGGGGCCAGAGCUGAGACAUGCCCGGAGCCCACCAUGGUCCCGUCCUAUUACACCACGGCCGACGCCGUCAUCUCCUCGGAGAGCGUCUUCGUGGUGGAGAUCGCGCUCACCUGCCGCAACGGGGCGCAGAAUGUCGCCCUCUAUGCUGACGUCAACGGCAAACAGUUCCCCGUCACCCGGGGGCAGGACGUGGGGCGCUACCAGGUUUCCUGGAGCAUGGAGCACAGGGCCGCCCGGUCCGGCACCUAUGAAGUGAAGUUCUUUGACGAGGAAUCGUACAGCGCCCUGCGCAAGGCCCAGCGCAACAACGAGGACGUGUCGGCGAUCCGAGCCCUGUUCACAGUCAGUGUGGAUCACAGGGGCGCCUGGAGCGGACCCUGGGUCUCCACGGAGGUGCUGGCUGCCGCCAUCGGGCUCCUCGUCUACUACCUGGCCCUGAGCGCCAAGGGGAGCAUCCAGGCCUGAGGGGGGAGCCGGGGCCCCCGUGUCCCCCGCUGGCGCCCAAUAAACCCUGUGCACCCA